AUGACCGCGUAUUUAAACUUCUGUCGUGGUCUUCGUUUUGACAAUCGACCGGAUUACUCAUAUCUACGCAAUCUCUUUCGAAGCCUGUUCCACCGUGAAGGCUUCACUUAUGACUGUGUGUUUGACUGGAACCUGCUCAAAUUCACCGGGAACGAGCAACAACAACAGCAGCAGCAGCAACAACAGCAACAACAGACCAACUCAAACAUGCUGACUAACGAAAGUGCAGCUGCUGCCGCGGCCGCUGCUGUCGCCCAACAGACGCAGCAGACCCAGCAACGUCGUGCGCAACAGCAUCACCAUCAUCAUGAGGAGAAAAAUAAAACGCAAACCAUCUUUGCGAGCUUGCUGCGAGCCACGGACCCAGCUGAUCUCAGCAAUAGCCUCCAGGGUUGUGACCGGGUUGGAAGCAUUCACAACCUGGCUACUUAUUUCGAGUGA